AUGCGGAACAUUGUACAAAGGGCAGAAUCCUUGUUCCUUGCUAACAGACCGAGGAGCAAGAUUAUUCUUGAGCAGGAAGCUUCAGAGGUUUAUUUAAAUCCUUUGCCCAUUGACAGCAAUAAGAUAGCGCUCAGUCAAAUUGGUGCCAGCGGAGGAUCUCUCUCUCAGAUCUGGAAUAUUUCAUCGCAGACUCUGGGUGCCAUUUUUGUGGACGUCAACGUUGAUGCCCUUUAUACUUCGUCACUUUUGGAGGAAUUGGAUUUCCCGACCAUUGGGAUCUUUCAAAGCGAGGGACAACCGAGAACACAGGAGAGUCCUGCCGACUUUACGAGAGUUGCUUUACCAUCGGUCAAGUAUUAUGCUCAGAUUAUUUGGGAGCUCAUGAAAAAGACAGAACGACGUAGUCUCUGCUUGGUGUUAUCCGUUGAUUCAGAUGGACAAGAACUUGCGGACUCAAUGACUCAAGUGGCAGAAAAGGAGAAAUGGUUUAUCAACAAGAUAUUUUGGCUUGUCGAGAAUAAUGUGCCGUCAAUUAAAAAUAUCUCAGCUUCUCUACCAUUUCUUCAAAGCGACGUUGUAGUGGUACACAGCAGAAAUGAAGACAAUGGAGUUUUGCUUGAACUGCUGACGGAAAACAACACUUCGCACUCUUUAUGGGUUGUUACUGAUGUUACGAUGUUUGGGUUAUCAAAUGUUAACAUCCUUCCAGAUGGCUUGAUAAGAAUCAACGCCAGGAGUGAGAAUAUUGACUCUACUUUUUACUCAGACGCUAUUUACGAUGCUCUUCUCCUUUAUCAAGCUGCAUUGCAAAAAGCGCUUGGGAUGGACUUACAUCGGAUUACUGAAAAUGUUUGUUAUGAAUACAAUGGAGAUAUUGGGAGUCUAAUUUAUAGGAACGUAAAAGAUUCAUACCUUGAAGGCUUAAGUUCUCUGUUCGUGGAACCUUCACUCCACAAGAAAUCAACGACAUCAUUUGAAAUAUGGAACCUUCGAGGUGAUAAAAAUGGUGCAAAAUGUUGGACCCUUGUUGGGCUGAGUACGCCGAGUGGUUUUGCGCUUGACACCGUAAGGAUCCCAAAUGGGAGCACUAUCACCCCACCUGCUGUGCCAAUGACACAUGUGGUGCGAGUUCCUGUGAAUGAGUACAGUCCUUGGGUCCAAAUUGAGGACUCUCGCAUAGAUGGCAGGGGGAGUUACUAUUGUAUCGGAAGAGGACAACUUUGUUACAAAUAUCACAACGGAAGCAGAAUCAAAAAGAGUACUCUUUGUUGCUCGGGUGUCUCCAUCGAUCUGCUUGUCAUGAUGCAGAACGAGUUGGGGUUUCAGAGCGAGAUCUACUUCACUCCAGAUGGUAACUACGGCGAUUUUGACGAGAACAAGGGUAUGUGGAAUGGAAUCGUUCAGGAGGUGGUAUCAGGACAAGCGGAUUUCGCCAUUGACAUAUCAGUAAAUUCCAUAAGAGCAAAGUACCUUGACUUCGCUCAACCUUUUGUCCACGUCGCUUUGAACAUUUUGGUUUUGAAGGAUUUGCGAGUAAAUGACGAAAUUCAGUGGAGUUCUUGGCUGGAGCCUUUUCAGUAUGAACUGUGGUUCUUCAUACUCGGAUUUAUCAACAUCAUUUUACUUGUAACUUGGUGGAUUGACCGGAAGAGUCCAUAUGGACAUUAUCGACAAGUUGAUAGCGGAGACGAUGGUUUCACAUUACUAGACUCUAUGACAUACGUAUGGGGAGUUGCGUUCGGAAAAGACAUAGGUGCUGAAAAGACACCCCAUAGCAGUAGUGCAAGAUGUGUCUCUACAUUCUUUGCAUUAUUUGCUUUAAUUGUCGUCAAUACUUACUGCGCAAAUCUAAUGGCUUUUUUAGUCCAAGAGGAGUUUGUACUUCCUAUCAGCGGAAUACGGGACGAAAAGAUUCGACAUCCGUCUCUCAUGCCGCCCAAUGGUUUCAAGCUUGGAGUACAAGAAAAUUCCCAAGAAGAGAGCUAUUUUAAAUUUCACAGCGAGGACAUGUUUCGUGAAAUUUAUCACGUCAACUUACAAGUCAAUUUUGUGAGAAAUUUCGCAGAUGGCCUUGAAAAAUUAAAAAACAGGGAAAUCCACGGAUUGGUCGGAGAUCAUCUUUCGUUGAGCCAGGUCGCUAAUAACGACAUUGACUGUUCCUACAGUUUAGCUGGACCAAACUUUUUCAACUUUGGAUUGGGGAUAGCGCUGCCAAAGGCUUCACCAUGGCUACAAGAUAUCAAUCAAGCGGUGCUUAAACACCAAGAAAACGGGGCAAUAGAAACCAUAGAACGGCGAUGGUUCAACAAAAAGACCUGCGAUUUAAAACCAUUCAAACAGCUUGAGAUAAUAAAUCUGAGCGGUUUGUUCAUGACAGUAGUUAUUGUUAUUGCCUUCUGCGUACUGGUGAUUUUCUUGGAGUUCGGCGUAGUCAUUGCCAUAAUGAAGUUUGGCGACCGUCUCGGUGCAAUAGGAAAGUUCAUGAAGAACUUUGUUUUGAACGUGAAGGAAGGUGAAGAAGCACAUCUCAAAAUGCAAUAUUCGUUUAUAUUCAGACGCCAUCGAAAGGAAAGCUGGGAUAUUGCGGCUGCUAAUGCGAGAGUUGAGAGAAUCACAGGAGUGGAGCUUGGUUUUCAUAACAACGAAUACUGCUUCUCUCAAGAACAGCCGCUGGGUCACGUGAACUCUGACAUGAAUGGCAAUGGGCAUAUCACAACGAAUAGAGUUUCCCAAAUGAACACCCAUGCACACGUCAACGGGCACAUGAGCCAUAGCAGAACUAGAAAAUUGAAAGAAACUGAAAUGAUGACAAAACUAUAACAUGAACUUUAAUGAGCGUUCCUUCUAAACUGUAUAAUUUGUAUAGUUAUCAUACACACCGAACUGUAUUUAAUGACGCUUGCGUUUUGGAAAGACUUGUUUAACAUGACACCAUUAAAUUUUGUUA